UACAAGCAACAUCUAAAACAUCCAGUCAGGUUCAUAGGCUACACUGUCGGGUUUGGCGUAGUUGGCCUUUGCUUUACUAUCUUCCUGUUGUUUACGCUCUGCACCAUCAUGGCCAUGUUACUCGUUGCCGCAACGUUCCGUUCAUCUCUCUUCCGUACACUUGGAUCACGCGCCCUGGCCGCUAUUGGGAUUUCUUGCUCACUUGUUUUUAUCCUUUGGCUUAUACAGAUGCUCGUCAUUCGUUAUCGUUUCCGUAUGCCAGGCUCUCGAUUUUUCCUUGUGCCACAACAAUCCGCACGGACCGGUUUCCAUCACUGGGAGUUUUUUUGGGCGUUUUUCAAUAUCGUUUUUGGUGCGUUUUCUUUCUUUAAAAGAAUUGCGCUCAGCGUCUUAAGCAUGGGGAUUUAUUCAACUCGCAUUGACUUAUGUAUCAUGGGCGGAAGGUUUCGUCCAUGGGAUGGCGGCUACUCCGCAUUUGUCGGUUUAGUUCUAGCAGACCAUGUAAUGAAUAAUCCGAUCGUGCUAGAGUUUGUACAGAUAUUGAGAGAUCUGUUGUUAGCAAGGCGGAAUCCACAUUUGGCGCAUCUUCUUGAAGCUAAAGGUCGAACACAUCCAGACGACGUCCCAGAGCUGGAUGAAGAAGCAAAAGCUGAGAGAAAUAAGCAGAUUAUCAUGAUAAUGAACCCAGUACGACGAGGAGAGCGGUACCCAGGCGCACGGAGGCCUCUAACAAACAUCGAAGAGGACGACGAGGCAAAGAUGGAAGACUUAUUGGUGGCCACUAGUAAUGAAAGUGGCAUUGGUGUUGGUGCUGGCGGUGGAUUGAAAGGGGGUCUCGUCGUGCCGGAGGUCUCCAAGAUCCAUCAUUACUUCCGAGUGGAUCAAAGAGUCGAUCGACAUAAACCAGGCCAGGGCCCUGCCUCUAGGUCUUCAUCAUCUUCAUCACAGCCACCAUCAGCAGUGCACUAUAAUAGUGAUCGUGUCUCUAAGGUCUAUACCCCUCUGCUAGUGUCUGGGGAAGCCAAGCAUCAAAUCCCUAUAACGCCACAAGAUCCUGAAUCCGUGGUUUCUCAGGAGCAGAUCCGUCAAACACUUUCUGAGGCAAAGCUGCGGUCGAUUCGAAAUCGAAACCGUUGGUUUUUAUACGUGACCUUAGUCAGGAACCCAUCCAUACGUCCUCUACGUCGAACAAAAAUCAAGGACUUUCUACACCCAAUCGGUCAUGGCGCUGAAUACACAGGAUCUCACCUCGAAGAGAUGCUCACUGAUAUACAUUGGGAUCAGGAGGACUAAAGCCCUGUGGAAUAAUUUGUUUACUACCAAUUUCACC